CUUCGUCCUCUCACUCCCUUCCUCCCUCCUCUGUGCCCUGCCCACCCCGGCGGUCUCCUCUCCAGCCCUGCCAGAGCCAAUCCGCGACUGGGUGUAAGUAGGGCAAGCCGCUUCCUGGUUCUCAGAAAGGAGGAGCUGGGAGUCGGAGUGGGCCAGCGGAGGUAGCAGACGGGGGGUCAGAACAGCCCAGAGAGCCGGCGGUCUGCACAGCGAAGAGCGGAGAGCACCACCGACAAAACAAAAACGCCGACGCACGAUUUGGACAAGUUGUAAAAUUUGCCGUCGGUCGAGCUGAAGACGACAAGAAGUGGUGACCCCCCUGGCGGAAAGGAAGACGCGACCCGAGAGGAUAAAAAAAAGAAAAAGAAAUAUAAGAAGUAGAAGAAGUCGGCAGGGUGGGACGGAAUAAUCCAGGAAGUGUGGAGGCCGGUCAGGUGGGAGGCGACGAGUCAGGACAGGUGACACACCGGUACUCAGGUUUAUGACCUCCACUGACCUCUGAGCCAAGAACGAAAGAGGAGAGGGACAAUAGAGGAAGAGAAGGCACCCAUCUUCUCCUGGGUUUAUGGACUGGAGGUGGCAAUGUCUCCAGGAGAGGACGGUCUGAUUGGGAUCCCCUUCCCGGAGCACAGCAACGAGCUCUUGUCCCACCUCAAUGACCAGAGGAGGACAGGGCUCCUGUGUGACCUCACCCUAACCUCCCGCGGGGCGCGCUACCCAACGCACCGCUCCGUCAUGGCUGCUGUUAGCCUCUACUUUCGACGCUUGUUCGGAGCAGAGGAGGGGGGAGGCGAGGGGGGAGGAGGAUUCAGCGUUUGCCAGCUGGACUGCGUGGCACCCGACGCCUUGGAUGCCCUGCUGGAGUUCGCCUACACUGCUACCCUGACCAUUCCGAGCUCGGGGAUGAGGGAUGUGCUGCGAGGCGCUCAGCUUCUUGGCAUCCAGUGUGUGGCUGAUGCCUGCAGAGACAUCCUGGGGGAGAAAGCGGAACCAGAAGGGGAGACAGUGGAGGAACAGAAAGACCUACAUGUAUCUGCUGAGAGGAUGGCGGUGGGAGAGAGGGGAGUAGAAAUAAAAGGAAACAGAAGAAAAAACGACAAAAAGAAGGUGAAAAAAUUGGGGCCACAUCACGUCAACUCCUCACCUUUGAAUACGAUGCCCAGUUCUCCUGUCUCGCAGCCUUCCACGGGAUCCGACAGCAUCCGAUCCCUGCCCUCCACCCAGCCUCCCAGCCCCGAGCAAGGGGAGUUUCACCUCAAAUCCUGGCAGAACGGGGAUCCCAGGUUGAUCAGAGAGGGGAGGGGGGUCACACUAAACGGGGGGCUUCUUCCCUGGAUGCAGGAGCGCCCUCGCAUCGUCCACCCGCAUCCCGUCACACCUCUUAACGACAAGCUGUCGGAGGAUGAUGAGAUGGAGGCUUUUGGCGAUGAUGGUAUGCUGACUGGAAGUAGUUCCAUGCCUACCUCUGUAGCAGAUCGAAGUGCGGCGACGUUAGUCGGGGGUGGGGGGAGGAAGAGGAAGUCUCAGACCCCUCAGCAGUGUCCUGUCUGUCAGAAGAUCAUCCACGGAGCAGGGAAACUGCCACGACACAUGAGGACGCACACUGGAGAGAAACCCUUCCAGUGCGGUACCUGCGGAGUUCGCUUCACACGCAAUGAUAAGUUGAAGAUCCACAUGAGGAAACACACAGGCGAACGCCCCUACCCCUGCCCCCACUGCCCUGCCCGGUUCCUCCACUCCUACGACCUCAAAAACCACCUGUCCCUCCACAGUGGGGCUCGGCCUUUCGAGUGCCCGCUCUGCCACAAGGCCUUUGCCCGAGAGGACCACCUCCAGCGCCACCGCAAGGGCCACAGCUGCCUAGAGCAGCGGCCGCGCCGGCCCAGACGAGGGCCUGACAUGGUGGAGGACGGGAGAGGGGACGGAGGCAGGAGGGAGCAGCCCAGCGCGCUGGAGGCUCUGUCUCUACAGGCCCACUCUUCGUUUCUCCCCCGCACGGUUCUGGAAGGCGGAAGUGGGCCGGGCUCUGGCCCUCAGAUGAUAUUUGCGAGUGAGGUUGAGAGGGAGAGGUCUCUCACUCUUCAGGCUCUGGCCCAGCUCAGGUCUCAAAGGUUGGCCGGCUACCCCGAGCUUUUCUUGCGAGGGCUAGGAAUAAGAGGAGACAGAGAGGCGGAGGGAGAAGAUCCAGGAAGAACCCACUCACCCGCUGCGCAGCAGAACCAAUGGGCUGAUGAUGUGGAAGAUGAAAUUGUAGAGGAGGAAGUGGAUGAAGGGGAAUAGUGAAAAGAGUGUGUGUGUGUGUGUGUGUGUGUGUGUGUGUGUGUGUGUGUGUGUGUGUGUGUGUGUGUGUGUGUGUGUAAGCCUAUGUGUGCAUGUGUGGUACAGCAUCCACAGUAAAAAAAAAAAUCACUCAGGUGGCUGGACUAAUGACCUGCAGCUCCCAUAUAGAGAGCGCUUAUAAAAAAAAAAGUAAAUAUUAGAAGAAAAAAAUGGAAAACGGGUUUUCUGAGAUGUUUUAAAUGUUUGUCUUCUCAUUGUUUAAAUUUUAUUUCUGGUUUGCUGUUUUAUUUUAAGUAUUUUAGCUUUAAGCUGUUUCUUAUGAUUUGAUUUCAUGUUGUCUAGUUGGUGUGUUUUGAGUGUGUGUGGUUACUGGGAUGCUUUUCUCUAUGCAAACUAAAAUCCAGGGCUGCAGCGUGGAGGGAUAUUUGAAGAUGUAUAUUUUCGUUACAACAUGAUGCUGAUUCAGGUGCAAUUCAGAAAUCAUAUCAGCCAGAUCACAAGGAUGAGUUUGUGUUCCCACUGUCCUCUGGUGGUGAUCAGUGGAAACGCUGUCAGUCUGAUCAAUCAAACUUGUUCUGUGCACUGUAAGCAAUAAUCCUCUCUGUUUUUGUAAGUGGUUGAAUCUUUGCUUUGUUUUGGUGCUUAAACCAAAGAUUUUAUUUUGUUUCUUGAAUCUUAGCUUAACAGGAGAGAAGACAGGUGAAUUGUAGCCAAUGUUGGGUUUGAAGAGAAUAUUCUUCCCGACUAUUUUGAUAGCCACGAGAAAGAAUCUGCUUCCAUAUUUGAGUGUUUCGGAGCCGCAGAGCUCUGUGUUAAAUGCCUGACCAAAAGAGACAAAGUCUGGGUCACUGAGUUGAUGGUGAUUAUUGUUGAAGACGAUUCUGUUUUUUUUUUGUUUUGUUUUUUUUUCCCCCUGGAAGCUGUGGAUUUCAGUCUUCCAAUGCACUCAUUUGGGUUCUUUGUUUGAAAAAAAAAAAAUAAUAAUAAGAUAAAGGGGACAAGCUGAGGGGACGAAUAAAUGGUUGUGCCCCCUUUUUCUGUAUUUAUUUAUUUAUUUAUAUUUAUUAUGGCUCUUCUGCUGAAACUCUUUUGUGAGACCAAAUCCGGGGUUGGACACGAUCAACUCAUCAUCUAAGUCUUACCAGAUAGCUGCAUUGCGCUAAAUCAUUUUGCUUUCUAAAUACCUAAACGCCUUCUUACAGGCUGAGUGUCUUCUUUUGGUGAUUCUUCCUCAAAUGCAUUCUUUGCACAUUUAAACGCGUCAUGUUCUGCAGUAACACAGGCACAUUCCUUCCUUCGAGGUAGAGAGGUGGGAGCAGAGCAGAGCAAAGAAGUAAUGGGUUUCAAACCCCUCCAUGUAACUGGAAUGCAAGAGCACCUUUCUGCAUGCUUUUCUGUUUUUAACAUGUAUAGUACUGUAUGACAUGUUAUCAUUACAUGCCAGUUCUUAUAGAUCGGCCUCCGCUGUGUCUAAAGGGGCCAUUAUCUUUUGAGUUUAUCCAUCUAUGACCAAAAACUUUCUAAUUUCAUCUUGCUUUCACUGGGCCAGCACAUUAAAGCCCUACUAAUGUAUAAGUUAAUGGCUUUAAAUGACAGCGGUUGUAUUUUUAUUUCCCGUUCUAUUAAAGUCUGCAUAGUCAGAACCUGCUGUAUGAGUCGUGCUGGCCUGGACUUGUGCACUGUCCUCUCCCUGUCGUAAAUCUUUUUCUUUUUUAUUAUUUCCAGAUUAUUUGCACUAUGAGAUUUGAGCGCUUCAAGCUUCUUUUCUUUCUUUCUUUUUUUUUUUGUUUUGGUCUGACCUUCAAUAUCUAGUCCAUUAACUCACUCAGUACCAUUUAAAAUUGUGAUUGAAAUAGAUGAUCUUUGAAACCAACAUACAUACGUUUCCUCCUGCAUAUUAGUACAGAAUUAUAGUCAGAUAUAAUAUAUAUAUAUUGGGAUAAAGUUGCCUUAGUUUUGGGUUAUUUUUUGUGCUGCAACUAUACUCAGGAAAUCUUGAGCAAUGCACUAAGUGAUUAUAUAAAAUAUAGAGUGGAAAGAAACUGGUGCUGUAGGGAGAUCGAUGCUCUUCAUGCAAGUGUAAUGCUAGUAGUUUCAAAGUAUUAGAAUUUUAUACAUUUUGUAUCGUGUCAUUUGAUGGUGAAAACAGGAGACUGGGAAAUAAAAGCGUUGAAAGUAAACUACUGGCCUUACUGGAACCAGUCCUACUGGAAUUGCAGUGUGGCAGUUGGUCCUGUGCAUGAAGGGUGUUGGUACUCCCACUCAGAGCUCUGUGAAUGAAUGAGGGUUAACUGAUGCCAGCUGUGAAGUGUGUCUUUCUAUGUGAGCUGUUUAUUUUCUUGGCUAUGGUGAAGGGACAAUGGGUACGGUCUGAGUAGAGACCACGCUAUCAGGGAUACAUUUUUGUCUUUCAGUUUUUAGUGGACCUUCUCAGAAAUACAAAUUCAUUUUCCCAUGAUUUGUUUCAGUUAAUGUAAAGAAAAUAAAUAAAAAUAUCUAAGCUUGC